CGACAUCCUGCUUAGUGAUGGAGACGCAUGAUACUUCUGUCUUAGUUCACCACAGAAGAAAGCCUAUUUUUAGGCGCAAAAUCUCACUUGGUAGCCCAUAUUCGGGCCAAACUGCACUGUUCAUGCGUCGCUAAUCGAAGCCGACAGCGAUUCAUCCUUGCACUGUUUUCCCUCCAAGACGCACGAUGAAUAUUCAUGCUUCCAUCCGGGAGAUCUCCACGCGUGAUGAUAAUGAGUGGAAAAUUCUUAAGGUACAACACCACCUACCAGACCUCCAUUCAGGUGGAACAGGACACGGCGCUUUCCGCGAACCGCUCUAAAUUGUAGGUGUCUGCCCCGUGGGUGACUGUAAAUUACUCGCGAGGAGCAAUAAAUUUUUGUAUAAAAACGAAAGGAUUGCCCCGAGAUAGGCACAGUUUUCCUUCGGGGUGUCAUCACUACACACGGUGUUGUUCGGCUUAAAGUUUGGUGAAGUUUAGUCUCUUUGCACGUGGAAAAGAACAAAUUCAAGGACAACCUAAAGUAACGGCUUCUAGCGAUGGCCCCCACCUUUAGCGUGGUGUUCAUACUGUGCUGCGGGCUGCUGCUGCUGCUGAUGGCCGCCACCACUGGCAGCACUGGCACCGUCGAGGCCACCAGCCGCGUCGAGCGAAACUCGACGGAGUCGUUCCGGCGGGUCACGCGGGAUCGGCGCCGCUACUGCGGCAAGGUGCUGACCGAUGCGUUGGCCAUGGUGUGCACCAGCUAUCCUUCGCCGUGGAGGAAGAAGUCGAUGGAACCCUCGUCCACCUCCUCCGACGAGGAAACCUCCGCCGAAAGCACCUACCGCGAGCAGUUGCUCGCCGAAAUCAAGCAGGACCUGGACGAGCUGGAGCAGCUAUCGCCGGAAAUGUUCGCCGAAAAACCGCCCCAACCAUUCCACCCGUUCUACCCACGAUCCUAUCAGGUUCACGCGAACGAAGCACGUGGCGCCCAUCGCCGCGUUCGGCGCCAGAUCGUGGACGAAUGCUGCCGCAAGAGUUGCACCAUGAAAACGCUCAAGCAGUACUGUGCCGAUUAAGGCUUUUGGAAUAAGUUUCUGAGAUUACAGAUUCCCGUGUGAGAUUUCCGGUUGAAAAAAAGUGCCAAAUAAAGUCGAUUUCAGCCUAACUUGAUGA